AUGAUACAGGACGCCUUGAAGGGGGGAACUUGCGAGGCCCUACACCAGGAGACCGCAUCUAUUAGACGCCGCGAUGAGGUUGCAGGCGGCAGCGGCAACGAGAACGAGAACGAAAUGCGAACGAUAAAGGAAAUCGGUCAGAUGGUCUUCUUCGUAGAGCUGAACUCUGAGGGAUGCGAGGAUGUGAUCGGAGAUUGUCCUGACAGGUCGAAGACGUUGUCGCACAAUGCCGACCUCGCACGAGGCGGCUGCGGACUUCAUUUGAGAUGGCGGUCCAUGGCCCAUGAUGACAGCUUCACCAAACGCAGCAGGCUGAUGCAAGCUCCCCUCGGCAACACCAAGGAUGAACAGGGCUCGAUAGCCAUGUUUGCAACGGCGAGAAACGAUGAGACCAAUCCUACUUGGGGCAAGCCGUUCGCCAUGUGCGACAUCAAGUUGUAA